AGCUCCUUGCGGACCUGUAAUGCCACAACUCAUCGGGUGGGAAACUAUGUCCCGUCAGCUCAAAGUGAUAUGAACUUCACAAAGCCGGUUUUCACCUCGCCCUGUUGCUGACCUCUCUAUUACCCGUCCUCAUGGACCGCUACCGGGGGUCACGGCGAUCGCCCGCACCCCGAGAUAGGGGACAUCGAGAACGAGAUUCGCACCCAGACGUCGAGUAUUUUGGCGAGGGAGAAAGCUACAGACCGGGUGGCUCAGGAGGCGAUAAUUCAUACAGACCCCCGAAUCGUGAUCGGGAACGUGACCGCGAUCGGUUUACCGCAGACUCGUGGACGGCUGACAGAAGAGAUGGCCGGCGCGAUGACCGAAGAGAUGACAUUGACUCAUAUGUGCCAAAUGCGAGUGCAAGGGUGACAAGGCCACGCAGCCGGUCCCCGGCCUUUCGACGACGCUCACGAACCCCGCCGAAUAGAAGAGAAGAUUUAUUUCCCAACAGACGUUCACCCCCUCGCCGCUACUCACCGCGAAGAUCGCCACCAAGGAGAAGAUCUCGGUCCCCGCCUGGUGGGAGAACUCGAAGUCCACCGGACGCAAAGAGGUUCAGAGAGUUUUCUCCUGACCCUGCGCGACGCUCACCCAAACGCGGACGAAUCUCCCCCGACCGGAGCAGAUUUGAUCGCGAACGGUCACCCAUCAGAAAUUCACCAAGAGGAGGUGAGAGUUACAGACCCAGGUCUAGAACGCCGCCGCGUCGAAGGCAGCACGACAAUUGGGUGAGAAGGUCUCCUUCGCCGAGAGAUUCUGGCGCAGCUUCGCACAAUACUUCACGAAGGUCAUCUCCCCCAAUUCAUCCAGACCGCAUGAGCUUAGCAGGCUCUCUACCGAGGUCACCAGCACAUCCCGCUCGAGACUAUUAUGACAAUGCCGACUCCGCCAGCUUUCGAGGCAGAUCCCCCGCUGCACCCUCAGUUACAGAUGGAGAUCAACGUUCUCGGGAAACUGACGUGAGUACACCGCGGGACGAGGUACAGGCGAACGGCGAAACCCGACAGCCGCCCUCUGGUCCCAGCAGUUAUCGAAAUGGCAACUACGAAAGACCACCACCCACGGGUCCAUCACGCAGUUUCAGUCAACCCAUUCAGUCUCCACCUACCGGCCCUGCGGCAUCGAUGUCCAUGUCUGCUCACAGUCGUGGCGGAGGCGCCUCUGCACUUAACGCUCCCACCAGACCUCGCGGUUCUGUUGGUAGAUUCGACGGUCCGCAAUCUCGAGAUUUCUCAGGCCCUCCAAUGCGUGGCCGAGGAGGCUUACCUUUCAGAGGCCCUGCGCCGUAUGGACCGAGAGGAAGCUCUCACGGACGCGGAGGCGACUUUGGCUCCAGCAACCGGGGUGAAUAUACCGGAGGGUCCAGUUACCGUGGCGGGUUUGGACGAGGCGGGCCUGUCGGAGGCGAUGCCACAUUCCCGUUCCGAGGCAACAACAGCACUAGCACCACAUACCCUCGCUCACAACGCUUCAACUCCGUUCAACAGCAUCUGGCGACGAACGAGAAGAUCGUCCCUGGUGGUAAACUGCUUCCCUCUGGACUCCCCCUUGACCAGGAAAAGCGGAUAAAGAUGCUCGAGGCCGAGGCCGAACGAAUGCGGACCGAGAUCGCAGAGAAGCAGAAGCUCAAGCGCGAAGUGUUGAAUGAGUGGGACGUGAGGGAAAGAGAGAGCGAGAGGGAAGCGCUGCGUAGUGACCUCGCAGAUCAGCACCUGCAGCAGCUGAUGGAAGGGGACGAUGGGAUUGGAAGAGCGGCAUUCUAGUGGAAUUUACCGGGUUGCUUGGUCGGUCGAUCUACAAAGCAGCUGUGGUGUAGCGGGACUGAGGACAGUCCGGUUGAAGAGGCACAAACACCUGGAUGUUUGAGUUUGUCCGGGCGCUGUCUUUUUCCACCUAUCGAGCAACUCUUCGUCCCACCCACGAACAUUAAGGUCUUGGAGGAAAAAAUGGAUUCGAGCGGGCGUGAGCGUCAUUCAAUCAUAGCAUUGCACCAAAAAAGCAUGAGACGGGAAGGGGCAUGGAUGGGACUCACAGCUCAACAACUCGCACUCGGAUGCGAUGCCAGCCGUUGCUAGCAAAAAAAAGGGAAUUUUUGGAAUGAGACAUUUGGAUAAGAGAAAGCGGCGCAGAGGAGAGAGCUCGCUUGUUCUUGUGGCUUUUCGUUCUCCCACUUGUGCAACCUCUGUCUCCCGGCAUCGAGAGGCGGUCUCUACGAAAAGAUUGCCGGCAUAGGGGCUGUGACAAUCGUUGCAAAAACAAAGUCAAAGGCAUUGGUUGAUACAGACAUCUUCCAACUCAAGGUCCCAAAUGCCUCGCACCCUUCCACAGUAUAAUGUGUUGCUCCUCCAAUCUCUGUUCGUACACCUCUUCCCCUCCAUGCUUGUAUCUUUGGGUGCCGACCCCGC